ACCCCACUCGGCUUCAGCCCCUGUCGCGGCGGCCGCUCGGCGGGCGUGAGGAGGCCGCUCGGAGCCGGUCUGCUGCCGCGCUACUUCCGUCUUUGCUGCGCCCGCACUGCGAUUUACAGCCUUGAAGAGUCUACUUUUUUUUUUUUUUCACCUGCAGUAUUAAAUCCCACCAUGGAAACCCAGAAACUUUAUAAAGGGAUAUAGUUUGAAUUCUGUGGAGUUUAAUUUUGUGUAUGAAUUAUAUAUUUAAAAUACCAACUGUUUACAGAAAGAAGGCUAGUAGGAUUACUGAUCCAUUAUGCAUCAGCAGUAAUUCUGUUGGUAAUGUUAGGCAUUUGUGGUAACACUAGAAAAGACAAACUGUAUUUUUUGAUGAAUUACUUCAUCAUUAAUUACAAAAUGGAUGCUAUAAUCAUGUAUGGCCCUUAAAUGAAUGCCAGGGUAUUUAAUUUUUAAAUGCGAUGUAAAAUGUUUCUGCUGUGGAAAUUUUCUGGCUAAGUAGUUAAGUCUAUGGAAAAAUACAUUAGAUUGAUCAAGUGCACAAAGUGGUGUGCAAAGUUAGUAAGGAGGACAACACAGUAAUGAUGCUAUUUGAAAUGGAAACGUAUAGAAAAUAUUUAACAAAGGUGGAAGAGUUAAUAGUUUGUGACCUUUAAGCAAAAUUUAUUUCGUUUGAAAUCAUAUACGCCCUAACAAGCUUAGGUUCAACACAGCUUGUGGAUGUUGACUUCCCCAAAAGUUGUUAUUGAAGCUAACAAUCCGCUUAAGUUAAUACUAUGGUGAGAAGCUAUAUGAAAUUAGUUUUUAGAUAAUGUGGCUAUAUGAAGACUUUAAUUAGUUUACUAGACUAAAACAAUUUUUUUUAUGCCGUAUUAAAGUGCUUAUAGGAAAAGACGCCUGAUGCAUAGAAUUUUGUAAUUUGUCGUUUGUAAUCAGAAGCAAAUUAAGGGCAUAAUUUAAGUAUUCUAUUUUUUUUUUUUUUUUAUGGUUACUUAGCUUACAAUGUUUGGAAUAUAACCUAUCUGAAAAAUCAAGGUUUUUUUUAAACAUACUUUCAGAAGUGUAUCAACUUCUUUCAGACCGUUAGGUUAGUAUUACACUAAAUUAUGAGCAAAUAGCACCUGAGUGACCUAAAAGAUUUAAUAUAGUCCCAAAGAGUACUAAGUGGUAUCUUGGUAACCUAGGAGAAGUAGCCAUCAGGUAACCUAGGCAUGAAGUAGGAUGCCUGAGUGUGUACCCAGGUGUAAAUCCAGUAAAGAAGGCGUAGUGAAUUCUAGAUAGUUAGGAGGUUAUCAUUUGAUUCCUUUUUGUGGUGAAAAUAUAAUUUAGUAUGAAGAGAUGAGAAGUUUCAUGUCAAAGCUUUUAGCCACCAGAAAUUAAAAUCACCUUCUCAUGCACAAAACUACCUUCCAAAGACUUGUCCCAAGUUCCCCUCAACGAAAAUAUAAGAAUAUAAUGGAAGAUAGCAAGAUCUUGUCAGAUUGGACAAACAGCAACAAACAAAAAAUGAAAUACGACUUUUCAUGUGAACUCUACAGAAUGUCUACAUAUUCAACUUUCCCCACCGGUGUCCCCAUUUCAGAAAGGAGUCUUGCUCGGGCUGGUUUUUAUUACACUGGUGUGAAUGACAAGGUCAAAUGCUUCUGUUGCGGUCUGAUGCUGGAUAACUGGAAACAAGGAGACAAUGCUAUUGAAAAGCAUAAACAGCUGUAUCCUAGCUGUAGUUUUAUUCAGAAUCUGGCUUCAGUUACUAGUCUGGGAUCAACCUCUAAGAAUACUUCUCCAGUGAGAAACAGUUUUGCACAUUCAUUAUCUCCCACUUUGGAACAUAGUGGCUCAUUUAGUGGUUCUUACUCCAAUCUUUCACCAAACCCUGUUAAUUCCAGAGCAGUGGAAAACAUCUCCCCAUUGAGGACUAACCCCUACAGUUAUGCAAUGAGUACUGAAGAAGCCAGAUUUCUUACUUACCAGAUGUGGCCAUUAACCUUUUUGUCACCGUCAGAUUUGGCAAGAGCUGGCUUUUAUUACGUAGGACCUGGAGAUAGGGUAGCCUGCUUUGCCUGUGGUGGGAAACUGAGUAACUGGGAACCAAAGGAUGAUGCUAUGUCAGAACACCGGAGACAUUUUCCCAACUGUCCGUUUUUGGAAAAUUCUCCAGAAAUGCUGAGGUUUAGCAUUUCAAAUCUGAGCAUGCAAACACGUGCAGCUCGUCUGAGAACAUUUAUAUAUUGGCCGUCUAGUGUUCCAGUUCAGCCUGAGCAGCUUGCAAGUGCCGGUUUUUAUUAUGUGGGUCGCAACGAUGAUGUCAAAUGCUUUUGUUGUGACGGUGGCUUGAGGUGUUGGGAAUCUGGAGAUGAUCCGUGGUUAGAACAUGCCAAGUGGUUUCCAAGGUGUGAAUUCUUGAUACGCAUGAAAGGGCGGGAGUUUGUUGAUGAGAUUCAAGCUCGGUAUCCUCAUCUUCUUGAACAGCUGUUGUCGACUUCAGACACUCCCGGAGAUGAAAGUGCUGAUCCACCCAUAGUGCAUUUUGGACCUGGGGAAAGCUCUUCAGAAGAUGCAGUCAUGAUGAACACACCUGUGGUUGAAGCAGCCUUGGAGAUGGGCUUUAGUAGAAGGCUGGUGACGCAGACAGUUCAGAGUAAAAUCCUCACCACUGGGGAGAAUUACAAAACAGUGAACGAUAUUGUGUCAGCGCUUCUUAAUGCCGAAGAUGAAAAAAGAGAAGAGGAGAAGGAAAGACAAACUGAAGAACUGGCAUCAGAUGACUUGUCAUUAAUUCGGAAGAAUAGAAUGGCUCUCUUUCAACAGUUGACCUGUGUGCUUCCUAUCCUGGAUAAUCUUUUAACAGCCAAUAUAAUUAAUCAACAGGAACAUGAUAUUAUCAAACAAAAAACACAGAUACCUUUACAAGCAAGAGAAUUGAUUGAUACCAUUUUAGUUAAAGGAAAUGCUGCAGCUAACAUCUUCAAAAACUGUCUAAGAGAAAUUGACUCUACAUUAUAUAACAACUUAUUUGUGGAAAAGAAUAUGAAGUAUAUUCCAACAGAAGAUGUUUCAGGUCUGUCAUUAGAAGAACAAUUGAGGAGGUUGCAAGAAGAGAGAACUUGUAAAGUGUGUAUGGACAAAGAAGUUUCAAUUGUAUUCAUUCCUUGUGGUCAUCUGGUAGUAUGCCAGGAAUGUGCCCCUUCUCUAAGAAAAUGCCCUAUUUGCAGGGGUAUAAUCAAGGGUACUGUUCGUACAUUUCUUUCAUAAAAGAAAAUUAGCCUAUAUAGAAAAACCUUUAAAAUAUUGUGGGACGUUGGAAGCUAUCUGAAGUAAAGAAAGGAACCCUGGUGGUGCAGUGGUUAACAGCGCUUGCUGCUAACCGAAAGAUCAGUGAUUCGACCUUACCAGCCCCCCUGAGGGAGAAAGAUGUGGCAGUCUGCUUCCCUAAAGAUUAAAAAAACCAAAAACCAAACCCAGUGCCGUCGAGUCGAUUCCGACUCAGAGCGACCCUAUAGGGCAGAGCAGAACUGUCCCGUAGAGUUUCUAAGGAGCACCUGGCGGAUCUGAACUGGCGACCCUUGGGUUAGCAGGUGUAGCACUUAACCGCUACACCACCAGGGUUUCCCCCUAAAGAUUACAGCCUUGGAAAUCCUAUGGGGCAGCUCUGCUCUGUCCUACAAGGUCCCUCUGAGUUGGGAUCGACUCCACAGCAGCAGGUUUUGGUUUGGAAAUAGAGAAGGAAUGAUUGGUUUUUUAGAUUAGUAACAUUUGUGUUCUGUUCUGCUUUGGUACAAGUAAUCUUGUUUCCCCAAAAAAGGUAUUCUGUAUCACAUUUAAUCUUAAUCUCUCCUCAUUUGCAAGGGAAGAUUUAUGUUUGAUGAAUUACAUUGGUGCAUAUUUUAUAUUUUUAUUGUAUCUGUGAAAAAAAAAGAACGUGGGAGUAAUUAAAGGAGUAGACAGUGCUGUUACGUAUCAUUUCAGAAGUUACUGGAUUUGGAAUUCUUUCUGAAAGUUUUGAGUAUGUCAUAAGAGUACAGUGUAAAAGAACCGGAAACCAGGAACUCUGGAGCUUAUCGCAGUUGUGGUGCCAAAUUUUUGUUGGUGUUUUUCAUUUGUGUUGUAAAGUACGGAUUUCUUUUUCUUUACUGGUAAAUAAGCUUUUCUCUAAUUUGUGAGAAACAUCUUAAUAAAGUGCUUUAAAAAGACCACAUUAUCAAAUUUUUUCCCCCUUAAUUUAAAAGUAAUUUUCAUAUAUCUUCAUAGGAUUAUAAAGAUUAAAUUAGAUAAUGUGUAUAAACAGAAUACAUGUUACAUUGGAAGCACUCAGAUACUUGCCACUAAAAAAUUAAAUCUUCCAAGAAAAUAUAAAGAAGUGUUUUUAAAAUAAUAAUGUGAUUUAUGAGAUUCUUUUAAACAAUAACAAUCUAGUUGCUUUGUAUAUAAUGGAUAUAGUGUAGAAUAAAAAAUUAAUAUCAAAAAACUCAAUAAAAUUAGGUAAAUUUGUAUUAGGAUUUUCAAAAAAUAAUGCAGUAUUAUUUAUUGGAUGAGGAGGUGGAAUACAGGCAAUGGUAGUAUCUCCUUUUUUGGGCCCAGUCUAUUUGGUCUUUUCCAGUUCUUUUGGCUGUAUGGCAGAUUUGUGAGGCCAGGUCGAUAAGGAGGCCUAGUAUUAAAAACUUUCCAUUUUUCUCCUCACUCCACAACUCCUUUGGAUCCCUUUAAAGAAUACACUGGGAGGGGUGAAAAUUUCUCUACCCACCCCCCAUCUCUUGCCAUUGUUUCCAUCCUGAUAAUGAUGAUAAAUAUAAGUUCAAAUGCAUACACCUAGAUGCAAGACCUCAUGUCAGUGAGAGUGAAUCUUUCCCUAUGGUUAUUGGAGGAAUGUAAAGAGGGGAUUUUAAAAUUUUUUUCAAAAUUUGUUAGGUAGAAAACUUAAACUCUUCUCUGUCUUCCAGCCUGGAACUGUUAUGAUUCCUGAAGGGGUUAACUCCUUCAAGGAGUCAAAUUAAGAAGUCCUUUAGUCAGAGCUAAUGCUACGGCUGCUAACCAAGAGGUCGGCUGCUAACCAAGAGGUCAGCAGUUCAAAUCCAUGAGGCUCCCCUUGGAAACUCUAUGGGGCAGUUCUACUCUGUCCUAUAGGGUCGCUAUGUGUUGGAAUCGACUUGACAGCAACGGGUUAGUCAGAGCUACCCAAGUAUGUCUAAAUCUUAGAACUAAAUCAGCUUUGUUAUCAUGGAAUGCUAUUAAAUCUUUUUAAAAACUUUUUUCUUUUUUUAAUAAGAACCAGUUGCCAUUGAAUUGAUUCUGAGUAGAGUUGUGUCAGACUAAACUGUGCUCCAUAGGGUUUUCAACAGCUGAUUUUCUGGAAGUAGGAUGUAAGGCCUUUCUUCCAGAGUGCCUCUGGGUGAACUCAAACCUCCAACCUUUUAGUUAGCAGCUGGCUGAGCUUUGCACCAGCCGGGGACUGCUUGCUUAAUAAUAGUUACUACAUAUUGAGGAUCCGCUGUGUGCCAGAUACUUUAAACAUUUGAGGUGCUAGAUGCUCUAAGCAUAUUAGCACUAAUCCUUUCAACCCUUCGAGGUAAAAUUUGAACAGGGGUCUACCUGCUUUCGUAGCCUAUGCUUUCGGGCAAACUGUCCUAUUAAGCUGUAUUAAUAUUUUUUAAAAUUGCAUGGACUGCCAUUUGAAAAGUUUAUCACCUGAUUUAGCAGCCCUGGAGCUUGGCUGUUAACCAAAAGGUUGGCAGUUUGAAUCCACCAGCCACUCCUCGGGAACCAUAUGGGGCAGUUCCGCUCUGUCCUGUAGGGUUGCUAUCAGUCAAAAUCUACUUGACGGUAACAGGUUUGGUUUUGGUUUGGUGGCACAAUGGUUAAGUGUGCAGCUGCUAACCGAAAGGUUGGCAGUUUGAGUCCAAGAUCAGAUCCUCAAGAGAAAAGACCUGGCAGUCUGCUCCAGUAAACAUUACAACCUAGAAAACCCAAUGGGGCAGUUCUAUUCUGUCACAUAGGAUCACUGAGUCAGAAUGAGCUUGACAGCAAACAACAUCAUCGUACUUGCUUUAUUCAAGGUACAGGUAAUCCCCAUCUUACAAUGGGGUUCCAUUCUGACGACUCCAUCGUAAGAUGAUUCUGACCUAAGUUGAAUACCUUGUUUUUUUUCCGGUUUUCAUUUUUAUUGCCUUUUAUUAUCAGUAUCUAUAAAUCAUAAUAUUGAAUGUCUGUGUGUGAAUAUCUGAGGAUGGUAUCAGCAGAUUACGUGCUAUACCACUGUAUGUAGUACGUAUUAACGAUCAGAUGUACACAAAAGAUUAAAAAAAAAACAGAUGGUCGUAAGUGCAGUUCAUCGUAAUUCAGAUACUUUAUAUGUUGGAUACCAUCUGUAGUCU